UUAUCUUUGAUGACGGGACUUUGUUAAAGUUACGCGACCUGUUUCACGAAUUGGUAGCGUUGCUAUCGUUUGACGAUUUUCAGCUUCAAUUGCUUAAAGUCUUCUUGUUGACUUUUGUCAGCAGCGUUGCGUUGAUCUUUGUUGCAUGGCAUAUUUACGGCUCCAGAAUUACGGAGCAGUUUAUGAAAGCGGGUGCUUCCUCUGAAGAUUGUAGUCCUCCAGCUGAGUAAUAUACUUGAUUUCUGCCAAACAGUAGCAGUCAUUUAAUAUCUGAAACAUGGCUGAUAAAAUCAAAUCAUUUUUCCAACAAAAGAAAAAGAAUGCAAAGUUUAUGAAUGCAGGAAAGGGAUACAAGUUGACAGAUUCCACUAGUACUAGAUUGGCUUCAGCAGAACCUGCAAAACCAGUGUUAAGAGCAGAACCUACGGAAGAAGCUAAAGUAGCAGGACAAGCUGCUCUAGCAAGAUUAGAAGCAAAAAAAGUUGAUAAACCAAAAUUCAAUACGUCAUAUGCUGCUAUCCAAGCACGUGUUAAACGUGAAAUGGAAUUAGAGAAAAAGGCACAGCAAAAUUUACAACAGGCAGGAAGCACAGCAUUGAAAGAAGAAAAGGAUAGAAUUGAAGAUCCUUCUACGUAUGCAGUUAUUGAUGUAUUUUUUCGUUGUCCAUACAUAUCCGAUGAAAUAUUGCCACGGGAUCAAUGGAAGAAAAAAAUAAGAGAAUUUUUAUAUGACGAACGAGGAGGAGAGGAACCUGGAUUAACAGCGAGUUUAAUUAUCCAAAAUUGCAACAGUGGAAAGGAAAAGAUUGAGAAUUGUGUGGAAACACUUGGAAAAUACUUGGAGAAUAUUAUUAAGGAUCCUGUGAUGGAAAAAUAUUGGAAGAUCAGAAUGUCUAAUAGAAUAUUCCAAGAAAAAAUUCUACCUGUUGAAGGUGCAUUAGAUUUCUUGAAAGCUGCUGGCUUUGAUCAGAAGGUAUUACGACACAACGAGAACGAAGAAGAUUUCUUAGUAUGGAAUCCCGACAAUUGCAAUAUUGAGGAGCUUGUGAUCUUGAGUGAUGCGUUGAAAUCCGCUGAGCAAAUUCCUAUUGAGUUAGAUAGAAAUUUACAAGUAUUAAUGCCUUGCCAAGCUAGAGUAAGGAACGAAUUGCCACCUAGUUUUUUCACAAUAUCCCCGGAAGAGAUAAAGAGGGAGCAACAGUUACGAACGGAAGCUGUAGAAAGGAACCAAAUGCUUCGCACAAAGGCUAUGAGAGAGAAAGACGAACAGCGUAUACUUAGAAGGUACAAAUUCGCCGUACUUCGUAUUAAAUUUCCAGACGGUUUAAUACUGCAAGGUACGUUUAUGGUACACGAGAAAUUCCGAAAUGUACUUGAAUUUGUAACUGAAAAUUUAGCCUAUCAUGAAGUGCCCUUUUCAUUAAUGACACCGGACGGAAUAAAGCUGGUGGAAGAGUGUCUCGAAAAGACGCUCUUAGAAUUACGAUUAAUACCUACAGCCAUUUUGGAAUUUUCCUGGAACACAUCUGAUGGCAGUAGUUGCUCGAACAUGCCUACAGGCUAUUUGAAGGAAGAAAUACUUUCUUAUAUACAAUCAAUUUGAAAAUAAUUUUGCUCUGUCAGUGAAUAACGAUCAUGUGAGAAGAUUUACAUAAUUAUAAAGGCAUUUUUAUAACUUUUUUUUAUUAUUUAUAACACUUGGCGAUUAAUAUUGAGAAAUCAUGUUACUGUUUUUUGAUCAUCAUAGGUUCUGAUUACGUCAAUUUUUCGUGUCUUGUUCCUCAUAUUAUAAGUCUUGUGCGAAAUUAUUUAUAAGCACCGGAAUAAACUUUUACUAUAAAUAAAAUAUUAACUUAUCUAAGACUGGUUUUAUACACAUGUAUAAAACUAGUUACUCUACCGCAUAAUUUUAUUACAAUAUACAUUCUGAUAAUAUUAAUCAUUCUGAUAAUAUAUACAUAAUCUGAUAAUACCAGCAUAAAAUAUAUAAAUGGGCGUAAUAAUAUUUAGUUGAACAUA